UUUAAAAAUUUUUUGGGGCUUUCACUGCAGCAUAUCGCCAGGCAAGCUCACGAACCAAGUUCCACAGAAGCAAGCAAGAUAGGAACAUUUGGUACGAAGUUAGCCCGCGUCAGAGUAAUUGGACAAACAAAGACUAAAAUACGGACAAAAAAUGACGAGAAUGAAUGUGGUAUUACUUCUUAAUUGCGAGGCUGCUAAUGAGAAGGCUGGUCUCAGACAGGCCCAUAACGUGUUGAGACAACUGUGCGACAAUGGAAACAAAGUCACGAUAUUUGAAUGCAAAGAACAGACAGCGAGGUUCGUUUUUGAAGAACCUGCGAGCCUUUUGUCUACAAAAAUACUAGACCAGCGAUUUCCGAAGAGAAUCGUGGAGGCGGAUGCAACCUUACUAAUCACCGACAAAGCUGGGGCCGACUGUCCCGCAUGCGUACGGAAACUGACCAAUCUCGACAAAAGUGUUUAUGUUUGGAACUCAGGUGGAAUAAACUGUAUACUCUUAGGUGGCUCAAUCCACAGCCGACAGGCCGCCAUGCAACUGCAUGCGAUCUUGGAGGAACGAAAUUACUAUCCGUACAUGGCAAAUGUGCUACCUCGACAGUGCUCAUGGCAUAAUAUGUACAGAGUUGACCCGAGUAUGGAGACGGCUGGACCCUGUGUGCUCUGAUGGCAUUGUUCUUCCCCACACGCGAGAGUGGUGUGAAUAUAUAAUAUAUACUUUGCACUGUUAAGAGGCAACUUCUGUAAGGUAGCACAAGUUAUGUAUGAACCAAAGAACAAUUAUCAGGGGGGAACGUGCGGGGACGUGCCUAAAUGUGUGACAAUCUAUAGUGUGUAUGUUUUGUACAUAAACUUGAAACUUCUAUUUGGGUGUAGAUAUGACAAUGUAGAUAGAUAGGGAUGAAGAGGAAUCUUUGGGUUUGUUAAAAUUGUUAUAUAGUUAUGUUAAUAUGAAAAAAAAUAUAUAAAUAUGUAUGCACAAUUGAAAUGAGUCG